UAUUCACCAUUCAAAUGUCAAACAAACAACAAAUUCAAAAUAUUGGAAGCAGCAAUGAUAAAACAAAUCAAAAAAUUAUCGACAACAUUGUACAACACGAUCCAUCUGCAAUCGUUCAACUUACCGAUGAGGAAAAGAAAAAGGUUGCCAUUUUUGAAUCGGCACAUGUUUACACUGCUUUGUUGCUAAAUGUUGAUGUUAAAAAGGUUUCUGACUAG